GCCACAUCGUGGUGGGACGGGGGGGGGGGUCCUAAUCUCUGGAUUCCAGAUAGUCCGAUAGGACUGCUCUCACUGCGGCAUUAGAAUAUACUUGACAGUACGAAGCAGAGCAGGAGAAUCUAGCAAUGGCGGUUGUGCCCACUUCACUCGGCGGCGGAGCCGUUUCUAGCCACAUGACACACUUCUCCGGCCUACGUAGAUCCUUCCUCAAGCUUGACAGCUCAAACUCCGACUCAACUCACUCGUUGUUUCGUGACGUCAAUUCGCAUCUCCGUCUCGUCUCCUCGAACAAAGGCUGCCGCGGCGUUGUUACUAUGUCUGGCUCCGGCAAGUUCUUUGUUGGUGGGAAUUGGAAAUGUAAUGGGACAGGAGACUCCAUUAGCAAGCUUGUUUCUGACUUAAACAGUGCAAUAUUAGAAUCUGAUGUUGAUGUUGUUGUAGCACCUCCAUUUGUCUAUAUUGACCAAGUAAAGAACUCAUUGUCUGAUAGGAUAGAAAUAGCUGCUCAGAAUUGUUGGACUGGGAAAGGUGGUGCUUUUACUGGAGAGAUCAGUGUGGAACAAUUGAAAGACCUUGGUUGCAAGUGGGUUGUUCUGGGACAUUCUGAGCGGAGACAUAUAAUUGGAGAAGAUGAUCAAUUCAUUGGGAAGAAGGCUGCAUAUGCCUUGAGCGAGGGUCUAGGGGUAAUAGCCUGCAUAGGCGAGUUACUAGAAGAAAGAGAAGCUGGAAAGACUUUUGACGUUUGUUUCCAGCAGUUGAAGGCUUUUGCUGAUGCUGUUCCAAGCUGGGAUAAAGUUGUCAUUGCUUAUGAGCCUGUAUGGGCUAUUGGAACUGGUAAAGUGGCCACACCAGAGCAGGCUCAGGAAGUGCAUGUAGCUGUUCGGGACUGGCUAAAUAAGAAUGUAUCGGCAGAUGUUUCUUCUAAAACACGUAUUAUUUAUGGAGGUUCGGUGAACGGGGGCAACUGUGCUGAGCUCGCAAAACAAGAAGAUAUUGAUGGAUUUCUUGUGGGUGGUGCUUCACUUAAGGGUCCUGAAUUUGCCACCAUUAUUAACUCUGUAACUUCCAAGAAGGUCCCUGCAUGAUUUUUUGGAUCAGCACAAGGAAUGGCUCUGAGAAUCAAUUCUAGCGGAACUAUGCUAACAGCCAUCCCCUUCAUGUUAGGCCACCACUUCUCUUGUCCUCAAUUAAACAUCUGAAGUGUGUCAUUUUCAUUUCAUCUGUUUGAUCAACCUGGGAUCCCCGUUAUGUAGCAUAUAUAUGCACUUCAAUACUAGGCUUAACUUUGUUAGGGCUUGAGCUGAAAAUUUUAUCACGAUUUGUAACGUUAUCUCCUUUUGUCCGAAUAUCAUUCAGAUAAAACGAGGUGCGCCUCCCCAAUUUUGAAAUGGUCGAGUGAAUUUCUAUUAUUUCUAAAAGAAGGUAGACCCUAGUUUUAUUUCAGAAGUUGUGCUUUUGGCUAAGAAUAACCAGAAGUCAUGUAUGCCUCAUUCCUAUAUGGUGAUUUUACAUCUGCCUCAAGGUGUGUCGCACUUACUCCACUGAACAAAAAUCCAUGUGUAGGCAUUGUGUUCUCCAAGACCCCAACUUUUUUUCUGCAUAAGAGAAAUUUCCAUGUCAGAUCAUUGUCACUCCUUUUAUCCUAUCAUGACUCAAAUUCAUUAGAGCUCUGACUAAAUAUUGGAAUCCACAUCUUGAGUAAACUGCAAUUCAACCGUAAAGCAGAUUGAGAAGAAUCCACACUCAAAGCAUAUAUGCUCUACCCAUCUUCCUACUAAAGCAAUUUCCACCUUUCCCCUCCUAUAUGUGCAUACCAUUCAUCACGAUUCUGAAACCAGAGGAGAAUAGAAAGUGUUGGGAAACAAUAGAAAUGGGUUGGGUUUACACCAGAAAAAGAGGCCCAGAAUGGAAACAAGGCUGGACAGACCAAACCUUGUCAUCCAUCUCUGCACCUCCUCUUCCUCUAAUGGCCAUUUUCACCAUCGUCAUCUUCUUGUUAUCUCUGUCUAACUACAAUGCAUACAAGGAGCAAAUGCAUUACACCAUGAUCAACUUCAAGAUUCUACUAUUCUUGGUGCCCGUUUUGCUCAUCUUUUUCAUGCACUCGAGCUUACUCAACUCUGGGGGGCGGCUCAACUUCCGGUCUUCUUCACCGGUCAGGCAGCAGGUGAGGCAGGAGUUGGUUCGUGGGAUUUCAGGAUUCCCAUGGGCGGUGGCGGUUUUGGUGGCAGUGCUGCUCGUGCUGGUCUCUUACCAGUCAUCAUUUCAAUCCAAGUGAUUUCCCAUUGCCAGAUCUGAUUAGCGUGAAAAAUUCUUAUGUAAGUUGGAUGUGUAUGAAUUCUAUGGCUGUAAUGUGGCCUAAUGCAGUUAGUUUGAUGAGAUGAAAUCAUUUUAAUUACUGA